GAAACCGUUAACGAUGGGAAACACUAUAGCACUCCCGAUUAUCUGCACUAUCUCCGCCUAUGGCGUUCUCUUCUUGUCUAGGGCGUUCUAUCGGACCUGGACGUCCCCUCUCCGAUUUAUCGAUGGCCCGGAAUCAUUCAACUUUGUCGUCGGGCAUUCCAUUGUAUUUUCGGAUGUACCAGAGCAGGGGGAUCAAUGGCGCAAACGUUACGGCGAGACUUUCAUGGCCAAGGGACUUUUCUGGGUCAAUGAUCUGCACACGACUGACCUCAAGGCUGUUUCCCAUGUCCUCUCCCACGCAUCGCUGUACUCGAGGACGCCCGAGUUUGUUGCAAGCCUAAGCCGUAUCCUCGGCGAAGGGCUUUUAUCCGUCAGCCUGGAUCCACAUAGACGUCAGCGCAAAAUUCUUAACCCUGCAUUUAACCUGCAGCGAAUCCGUUUGAUGAACGAGAUAUUUUUCGACAAUGCGAUUCUCUUGCGAGACUUGUUGUCGGCAGAUGUUGAAAAAGCGGGUGGCACCGCAACCAUCAAUCUUGCCGAGAUGUUCCGUCGAGUCACGUUGGAUAUCAUGGGUCAGGCCGGUUUUGGAUACAAAUUCAACUCGCUCGAGUCCGGCGGCCAGAACGAAGGCGAUCUCGGCAAGGCCUUCCACAUGCUGUUUCGCGGGCCGAACGCCAACUUGAACAUUGCUGUGCAGCUCGCCCAGAGCUUGGUCCCAAUUCUCCAGUAUCUUCCGCUGCCCGGCUGGCGCAAUACUCAGUCUGGGAUAAAAACUCUGCGUUCCGUGGGAGCGGAGCUUCUGCACAAGGCCAAAGCCGAGGCUCGGGUGCUCGGAGAGAAAGAUCUGGGGUCAGGGCGUGAUCUCCUCUCCAUCCUCGUAAAGGCGAACAUGUCGGCGGACAUCCAGGACAGCCAACGUUUAAGUGAUGAUGAGGUCAUAGCCCAAAUCCCGACAUUCCUCCUUGCUGGCCAUGAUACCAGCAGCAUUGCGCUGGGCUGGGCCCUGCAUGCGUUGUCGCACCAUCCCGAGAUCCAAGACAAGCUGCGCCGGGAGCUCCUUUCGAUUGAUACCGACACACCGACCAUGGAUGAGCUGAACGGGUUGCCAUUUUUCGAGAACGUGGUGAAGGAGGCUAUGAGGCUGUAUUCUCCUGUGCCCUUUGUUCAGCGCACAGCCUUGCAAGAUGAUGUGCUGCCACUUGGCAAGCCGUACGUGGACCGGUGGGGCGUGUCGCACGAGUUUCUUCCGAUUACGAAAGGGCAAUGCAUUACCAUCCCGAUCCAGGCCAUCAAUAUCGACAAGGAGACUUGGGGUGACGAUGCUCUGGAGUUCAAACCCGAACGGUGGGAUAACUUGCCUGAGGCCGUGCACUCCGUUCCCGGAGUGUGGGGUAAUCAAUUGACUUUCGUCGCCGGCGCUCACAGCUGUAUCGGCUUUCAAUUUUCAGUGGCCGAACAAAAGGUGAUCUUGUUCAGUCUCCUCCGGGCUUUCGAGUUCCUGCCGGGUACAGAGCCAGUCAGCCCGGUGAUCUCAGGGCAGCUCGCCCGACCGAACUCUUUUGUUUCGGAUGGGAAGGGUGGACGGGUGUCGUCGGGUGGGCUGUCCAUCGUGCUCAAAGCCUAUAAAGGGUCUUCUUUGUGAUCCGUAGUGGUUAUUCUAUUCCGAUUCGGAAUUUCUC